AUGUCUCUUCCCACAGGUGUAUACCGCGCCGACCAGGUCGGCUCUCUGCUCCGGCCACGAGAGAUUCUUGCUACCCGUGAGAAGGUGGCCAGCGGUGAAGUGUCCAAGGAGGCCUUGAAGGAGUUGGAGGAUAAGUACAUCGCCGAUGUCGUGAAGAAGCAGAUCGCAUCCGGCCUCCGCGCCGUGACCGACGGCGAAUUCAGGCGCGAGUGGUUCCACAUCGACUACCUGGUGAAUCUGGGAGGCGUCGAGAAGCGCGGCGCCAUGCAGUCGACCAACCAGUCCCACGGCGGCGUCAUGCCGCCCAAGCUCGUCGUCGUCGACAAGAUCUCGCACCCCGAGCCCAUCCAGGUCAACGACUUCAACUACCUGGAGUCGCAGAUCGAGGCCGCCGGCGCCAAGGGCAAGGUCACCACCAAAGUCGCCAUCCCCUCCCCGACCAUGAUCCACUUCCGCAACUCCCGCGAGACCAUCUCCGAGGAGGCCUACCCCACGCUCGAACCCUUCUUCGACGACCUCGCGCGUGUCUACCAGGAGGAGCUGGCAGACCUGUACGCAGCGGGCACGCGGUUCGUGCAGCUCGAUGACACGAACCUGGCGUACCUGUGCGAUCCAGGCAUGCGGGCCGAGGCCGAGAAGCGGCACGGCGACGCCAACGUGCUGGCGAAGCAGUACGCGGCCCUGAUCAACAAGGCGAUCGAGAAGCGGCCCAAGGACAUGGCCAUCGGCAUCCACCUGUGCCGUGGCAACCACCGGUCGCAGUGGUUCGCCCAGGGCGGGUAUGAGCCCGUGGCCGAGGUGCUGUUCAAGGACCUCGACGUCGACGUCUACUUCCUCGAGUACGACGACGCGCGCUCUGGUGACUUCUCGCCCCUGCGCCACCUGCCCGAGAACAAGAUCGUCGUGCUGGGCGUCAUGAGCUCCAAGGUGGCCAAGCUCGACGAUAAGGCCGAGAUCAUCAAGAGGCUUCACGAGGCCGCCGAGUUCUGCCCGAGAGGUCUGAAGCAAUUGUGCUUGAGCCACCAGUGCGGCUUCAGCAGCACCAUGGAGGGCAAUGAGUUGAGCGAGGACGAACAGUGGGCUAAGAUCCGUCUCGAGGUAGAAAUUGCGAAGGAGGUCUGGGGCGAUGAUCUGAGCGUGUAA